CUUAAAAAUAUAUAAUCACGAAGUCUCCUGUCCUCCAUUAACUCUCUUCCAUCGCCACCUCCGCCCAGCAGCAGCACUAGCACGACCAAGGCCACCUCCAACUCCAUGUCCUCUAAGCAAAGCUAAGCUAGGGUUUUAGAUGAUAGAGGAGAAGUUGGUAGAGAAAAAAACAUUGAGAGGGAGAGAGAGACAACACGUACUUUCAAAAUAUCAAAUGUUCUCCAGACCAGAUCUAUGAAUAAACUACUGUUGUUACUUUCACUAGCUUAAUCCAUCCACAUUGAAGAAAGCGAAAAUGGGAUCUCUCUCUAACACACCCUAAUAGUGAUAACUAAAAUUAGAAUUUAGAGAGACAGUAAGACAAAAAUAUGGGACUAGACAACUUCACUGCUCAAAAGAGAGCUAGCGGCGGUGGAGCAGCUGGAGGCUUACCCACAACCACCGCCAACGGAAGAGCUCGUACAAUGUUUUCACGGGGGAGGCAGAUCAACAAGACAUUCAACAACAUCAAAAUCACAAUCCUCUGCGGCUUCGUUACCAUCCUCGUCCUACGUGGCACUAUCGGCAUUGGAAACCUCGGUAGCUCCGACGCUGACGCUGUGAACAAGAAUCUAAUCGAAGAGACAAAUCGGGUCCUGAAAGAGAUCCGAUCCGACAACGACCCUGAUGAUCCUGCCGACUUGGAGAUCAACCCCAAUGCCACCUACACUUUAGGCCCCAAAAUAUCCAAUUGGGACCAGGAACGCAAGGUAUGGCUGAGUCAAAACCCAGAAUUUCCAAAUUUUGUCAAUGGCAAGCCUCGGAUUUUGCUAUUAACCGGAUCUCCACCGAACCCGUGUGAUAACUCGAUUGGAGAUCAUUAUUUGUUAAAAGGUAUAAAGAAUAAGAUUGAUUAUUGUAGGAUUCAUGGGAUUGAGAUCGUUUAUAAUAUGGCUCAUUUAGACAAGGAACUUGCGGGGUAUUGGGCGAAAUUGCCAAUGAUCAGGAGAUUGAUGUUGUCCCACCCUGAAAUCGAAUGGAUUUGGUGGUUGGAUAGUGAUGCAAUGUUUACUGAUAUGGUGUUUCAGAUCCCCUUAUCCAAGUAUGAUAAGCAUAAUUUGGUGAUUCAUGGCUAUCCUGAUUUGUUGUUUGACCAGAAGUCUUGGAUUGCCUUGAAUACUGGGAGUUUCUUGUUUAGAAAUUGUCAGUGGAGUUUGGAUUUGCUUGAUGCCUGGGCUCCCAUGGGUCCUAAAGGGCCCAUUAGAGAGGAGGCUGGCAAGAUUUUGACUGCCAAUUUGAAGGGAAGGCCAGCAUUUGAGGCAGAUGAUCAGUCAGCUUUGAUCUACUUGUUGCUUUCGCAGAAGGAUCAGUGGAUGGAUAAGGUUUAUAUUGAGAAUCAGUAUUAUUUGCACGGGUAUUGGGCAGGUUUGGUGGAUCGGUAUGAGGAGAUGAUUGAAAAGUAUCAUCCAGGAUUGGGUGAUGAGAGGUGGCCAUUUGUUACCCAUUUUGUUGGGUGCAAACCUUGUGGGAGCUAUGGGGAUUAUCCGGUUGGGCGGUGCUUGAGAAGCAUGGAGAGAGCUUUCAAUUUUGCUGAUAACCAGGUCCUUAAGCUGUAUGGAUUUGGUCAUAGGGGAUUGUUGAGCCCUAAGAUCAAGAGAAUUAGGAAUGAGACUGUGACUCCAUUGGAGUACGUAGACCAGUUUGAUAUUCGGCGUCCAGUUCAUGGCAACAGUGGAUCAAGAAGCUAGCUAGUGAAAUGUGUUCAAUAUGUCAUAAUUGUAGGCAUAUAAUAAUGAAGGUUUUGGCAGGUAAAAGUAUUUGGUGACUAGAAGGAACCAGGUAAUGUCAUUUCUAACCAUCCUGCAUCCACAGUUCUAUUCUGCUUUGCCUUCCAGAGUUGGAAAAAGAGUUGCCAGGCUAUGUUCAUCGGAUGUUAUAUCCCAUAGAAAGUUUUCUGGCCAUGGCCAGAUGCUGGAAGCAUGCAGCCAUGGCCCAAAAAGGGUGAAGAGACCUCUAGCUUGUAAUUCAAUAGGACAUGCAGGCAAAAAAGUCUGUCUUCGUGUGAUAAGGGUUCUCCUGCUCGACCGCGCUGGAAUAGAGAUUAAGCUGUGAGUUUGCAAAAAAGACAUGCUUUUCGGGUGCCUGUUUAAGAACUUUCUUUUUCUUUCUUUGAACAAACAACAUUAACUGGAUAUUCAUUGGUCUGGUGAAAUCAUCAGAUAGAAUACAAUCAAGCUCACAUGUAGCCAGUGUGAUAUACAUAGAUUUAGAUUUCGUUUGA